CUCAAGUUUACAUCAGAAGAAGGAUGCAUGGAAAGACUUUUAAGGUGUUUUACUUUGGAAUGCGAAGACAGCUCCUGUUUUUUCUUAUCUCUAUCCUCAGCUUUUCAGGACUGCUAGCUACAAACUGGUUUCCUAAAAGUUUGCCGUGUGAUGUGGAACAAAAUGCCAAAGGAAAUGUAAUAGUUGUGGACUGCAGUGAUCGACAUUUGACUUCGAUACCAUGGGGAAUACCUACCAAUGUUACUAACCUUACUUUAACCAUCAACCAUAUUCCAAGAAUUUCAGUAGACUCAUUUGCAGAAUUCACAAAUCUGGUUGAACUUGAUUUCAGAUGCAACUGUGUACCAGCCAAAGUGGGACCAAAAGACCAUGUGUGCACAAAGAGGUUGGAUGUCGAAGACAGAAGCUUUGCUUCACUCUACAAUUUAAGGUCUCUUUAUUUGGAUGGAAACCAGCUUAUAGAAUUUCCUAAGGGUCUUCCACCAAAUCUACAGCUUUUAAGUCUUGAGAUUAAUAACAUCAUUUCCAUAUCAAGAAACAAUCUUUCUGAACUAAGUAAUAUUCAAAUGCUGUACCUCGGACAGAACUGCUAUCAUCGCAACCCAUGCAGUGAUUCUUUUAAAAUUGAAAAAGAUGCAUUCAAGGACUUAAAAAACCUAUCAAUUUUGUCUAUGAAAUCAAAUAACUUAUCUUUUGUCCCAGGUGGUCUUUCAGACAGUCUGAAAGAACUUUACCUCUAUAAUAAUGCCAUUCAGUAUAUUGAAGAACAUGAUUUAGAAAAUCUCAUCAAUUUAGAAAUUCUUGACCUAAGCGGAAACUGCCCUCGUUGUUACAAUUCACCUUUUCCGUGCACGCCAUGUCCUAAUAAUGCUCCAAUCCAGAUUCAUCCUAAAGCUUUUAGCUCCUUGAAAAACCUACAAGUUUUGCGUCUUCAUAGUAACUCUCUCCGUUCAAUCCCAGAGCAGUGGUUUAAAAAUAAUAGAAAUCUGCAAGUACUAGACCUAUCUGAAAAUUUUUUGGCUUCAGAAAUAAGUACUGCAAAUUUUUUAAAAUAUAUACCAAGCCUGAAAAGCCUUGACCUUUCCUUUAACUUUGAGUUACAAGUAUAUCCUUCAGACUUAAAGCUAUCGUCAAUAUUCUCAAGCUUAGCUUCCUUAGAAACUUUGAGAAUCCGUGGUUAUGUGUUUCAGAAUUUGAAAAAAAACAAUCUGAUGCCUCUGGUGCACUUACCGAAUCUUACACUUCUUGAUUUGUCGACAAAUUUUAUCAAAGUCGCUGACUUUAGUCUUUUCCCAAAGUUUAAAUCGCUCCAGACGAUAAUACUGUCAAAUAAUAAAAUAUCUCCCUCUAGUGAAGCUAAUAUAGAUUCUUGUUCAGCCUCCCAAGUAUCUUCCGGACAUUACAUAGGCAGAACAUUCCAGGAAGUUCAUUAUUUUGAAUAUGAUGAAAAUGCCCGCAAAUGUAAAGCCAAAGACAAAGAGAACUUUACAUUUAAGCUUUUUUUGAAUGAGAGUUGCCAAGCAUAUGGUCAGAGUUUAGACCUAAGCCAAAACAAUAUCUUUUUUGUUAAAGCCACAGAUUUUACAAAUUUGUCUUUCCUCAAAUGCCUCAACCUAUCUGGAAAUGCCAUUAGCCAAACUUUAAACGGAAGUGAAUUUAGAAAUCUGAAUCGAUUAAAAUAUUUAGAUUUUUCCAAUAAUCGUAUUGAUCUUCUUUAUUCUACUGCAUUUCAGGAACUUACCGAACUAGAAGUGUUAGAUAUAAGUAACAACGAUCAUUACUUUUUGGCAGAAGGAAUAACCCAUGUGUUCAAUUUUACCAAAAAUCUUGAAAAAUUAACAAAGUUAAUGAUGAACAAUAAUCAAAUAUCCACAUCAACAAACAGGCAUUUGGUUAGUCAGUCACUCAGGAUCCUGGAAUUUAAGGGAAAUUAUCUCAAUAUUUUGUGGAAAGAUGGAGAUACAAGAUACUUAAAUUUCUUCAAGAACUUGAAUAAGCUUUAUAAACUAGAUAUUUCUGAAAACUCUUUGACAUUUGUUCCCCCUGGUGUUUUUGAAGGCAUGCCUCCUGAUCUUUUAGAACUCUACUUGGCUAGAAACAAGUUAAAGACAUUCAGCUGGGAUAAGCUUCACCUUUUAGAAAAACUUAGUGUUUUGGACCUCAGUAACAAUUACUUGACCACAGUACCUAGGGAGUUAUCCAACUGCACAUCUUCUAUUAAGAAACUUAUUCUGAGCAAUAACAAAAUUAAAAAACUGACACCUUUUUUUCUAAGGGGUUCUGUCUCUUUAAAAUACUUGGAUCUAAGUGAUAACUUAAUUCAGAAUAUAGGGCAUUCAAGCUUUCCCGAAGAUGUACUGGAUAAUUUAACUGAAUUACUUCUCCAAGGUAACCCCUUUAAAUGCAACUGUAAUCUUGUAUGGCUUGUCUCCUGGAUAAAUCAAACUAAAGUUUAUAUACCUAAUUUAGUUACUGGUGUAACUUGCUCUGGGCCUGGGGCACACAGGGGACAGAGUCUGGUCCUCUUGGACCUUUAUACCUGUGAACAAUAUCAUUUGAACUUAAUUUUACAAGCUCUUUCAGCAUCUUUCAUUAUUUGCUUAAUGGUGGUUUCUGUUUCAAGUCACCUUUUCUACUGGGAUUUUUGGUUUAUAUACCACCUAUUCAAAGCAAAAAUACAUGGAUAUAAGAGGUUUCCAAAAUGUUGUUAUGAUGCAUUAAUAAUGUAUGAUACCAAAGAUUCUGCUGUAUCAGACUGGGUUUUCAACGACCUUGUUAAUAUUUUGGAAAAACAAGGAAACAAAAUGUUGAAUUUGUGUUUAGAAGAAAGAGACUUUCUAGCAGGUCAGCCAUUUUUAGAUAACCUUUCUGAAAGUAUCCAGAUUAGCCGAAAAACUGUGUUUGUACUUACAAGAAAAUAUGUUAAAAAGGGACAUUUUAAGACUGCAUUUUAUAUGGCUCACCAGCGUCUCAUUGAGGAAAAAGUGGAUGUUAUCAUCUUAAUACUGCUUGAAAAAACUCUACAGAGAUCCAGAUAUCUCCGACUAAGAAAAAGAUUAUGUGCAAACUCUGUUUUAUAUUGGCCUUCUAAUCCCAAUUCUCAAAGUUAUUUCUGGCACUGUCUUAAAAGUGCUAUAGCAACUGAAAAUCAAAUGGCAUAUGACAAACUUUUCAAAGACCAUACAUAGGAUUGAUUAACUAAGGGACCGAUACAUCACUUGUUUGCAUUUGUGUACUAAGUGGUGAUGAUUGCAAGUCCGCUCAUCUACUGUAAAGUAUUGAAUUCAUACUAUAUAAAUUACUAUAUUGAUUAUUUUUGAUAUUGAGAGAAGGGGACCCAGUUAUGUAUGGGAGAUCUAUUGUUUUAUCUGCACAGCUUUGGAACUCUAGAUAUUAGGUGAGUGUGAUUUAUCACUUAGGUUUGUGUGUGGAUUGUUAUGUAUGAAUGUAAUGGGUUACACUAAUUAUAAAUCUUUGGUGGUAUCUUCUGUUUAUUUGUUUUAUGUAAUAUAUUCUAUGUUUUAUGUGAUAUUAUCUAAAUAAAUAUUCCCCUCUUUGCAGUGAA